UUCAACACCAACCUUUCCGUUUAUGUUGAUUGACUACCUCACCAACCUCUCAUCCGUUGUAGACGAUGGUCCUGUGACAAAAUGGUAUGGAAGCAGUCCCCCUAAUUGCUACAAUCAAAAGGAAAUCUUGAUUAGAGACUGGAAACUCAGGGAGGAGGUCCUUGAAGCGAUGACUUCUGGAUUUUCAAGUAACCAAUCAUUUGGAUUCCCUGAUUAUUAUCUAUCUGGUAGUGGUGAAAAGUUCCCUAUUCUCCUCAAACACAAACCCUCUGACCCGGAGUUAACAGAGGUAAGUGCAAAUCUACCUCCUUUGCCUUGUGGUACCAAGAUCCAGAACAUUGCCAUGUCUUGUUUUUCUGACCGAAAAAAAGAUUGGGUUGUGUGUGUGAAGUUAUCUGGUUCUCAGUUAAGUCUUUGUAGACCUUUUGUUUUUGGUCAAUUUAAAUGGAUAAACAUCAAACCAAUGCCCGAGUCUAUAAGCUCUUUCUCGAGUAUUAUGUUCUCCAAGAAAGAUCAACGGUUCUAUAUUCCAUCACCUGGAGGCAACCAUUUGUGCUCUUUGGAUCUCAACUUCAAGGAGGGUGACAAGCCUCGGUUCUUGCGGAUUGGGUUUGAAGAUUAUCCUGAGUCCGUGGUUAGCGAGUUGGAGGAAUUAAAUUCUUGCUCCAGGACAGACCAUCUUGUGGAAUCACCCACUGGAGAGCUUUUCUACAUUAAGUGGUAUGGUGAGGACUUGGAUGAAGAUGAAAACUACAACAAUGUGGUGAGAUCAGUGACACACAAAACCAAAAAGUUCAUGGUGUUCAGAGAGAAGGAGACGGGAUAUGCUGAAGAAAAAAAUAAUGAGGUUAUAAUCUACACAGAAGAAGAUGAUAAGACUAUGACCUACACUGAAGACAUUGGAGAUCUCUGCAUUUUUGUUGGACAUAGUCAGGCUUACUGUGUCCCGGCCAGCUCGUCCCCUGGACUCAAGCCUAACUGCAUCUAUUUCGUGGGCUACAGCUUCGGUGUUUAUGAUAUCACCACAAAAACUUGCACUACCUUCUUUACCAAAGAAGCUGACGAAGAAGAUAAUGAGAUAGUUCCACUAAGGAGAUUAGAUUUCCCUUACUGGCCUCCCCCAUUUCCGAUCUCUAGUUAA